UUGUACUAAAAAGCGGCGGUCAUUACACAGGCUCACAGCGGUGCUGGACUACAUCGCCCAGCAUUCUUCGCUCAGUAGGUUGAGCUCCAUGGUUUGAAAGCGGCCCCGUCAGCGCCCGGGACGGUGGAGUUGGCAGGCGGGAUGGCGUCCUUUGUAACUGAAGUGUUGGCGCAUUCUGGGCGUCUGGAGAAGGAGGAUCUGGGCACAAAAAUCAGCCGCCUGUCUCGGAGAGUGGAAGAAGUGAAGGGUGAAGUGUGCGACAUGAUCAAUAAAAAGUACGACGAGUUCCUCCCCAGCAUGCAGAGCGCCGAAGACCUUGUGGCACAAGUCAACAGUCUGAACAGGGACGUGGAUUUGUUAAAAUCGACAAUUGAAAAUGAGGUGCAGAAUGAACUGAAGGUGGCCAUCAGCGAAUUCACCGAACUGAAGCAUCAGCUGGAAAGAAACACCAUGAUCCUGGAGGUGCUGAGCCAGCUGCAGGAGUUUAAUAGUGCGAUAGAGAAAUAUAACACUGCGUUGUCUGAAAGGAACUACACCAGCGCGGCCGAACAACUUGGAAAGGCACAAAACUGUCUGAAAAUCCUGAAGUCACGGAAGGGCUUUGAACUGAAGGUGCUGAAAUCUCUGGGGAUAGAGCUCACCGUGCAGAAGCAGAACAUGUUGUACCACCUCGGGGAGGAGUGGCAGAAGCUGGCAGUGUGGAAGCUGCCCCCAACCAAAGAUCACUCAAGUUUGGAAAUGGUCUUGAAAACUGAAUUGCACCUAUGCACCCUGCCAUCGACCGAUGAAAACAGCUCUGCUCCAAUACUGGGAUCUGUCCUUCAGGCCUUGGCGAUUCUGGGGGAGCUGAACACAAAGUUUAAGUUUUUCAGUCAGUUACUCCUGAAUUACAUCCUUAAGCCUCUGGUAUCAUAUCCGUCCCUUCACGUUCUUGUGGAGACCCAGCCUCAGGGAGUCAUACUGCGGUUUGAAAGCACAAAGGCUGACCUGGAGCACCCGCCACCUGCUGAGGUUUUCUUGAAGCUGAAGCUGGUUCUGGAACUACUGCACAAGCAUUUACUGGAUGUCCCCUUAGAAAACCAAAGAGGAGGAGAAGAAGAAAAUAAGGUGGUUCUGGCAGAAGUUCUGGGUGAUCUGAUCUGGGAGGAGAUUUCAGAAUCCAUCAUUAAAGACUGUCUGGUCUACUCCAUUCCCACCAACAGCAGCAAACUUGAGCAAUACGAGGAGGUUAUAAAAGCAACGGAGCAGUUUGAAAAUGACCUUAAAGGGAUGAAAUACCUGAAGGGUGAUGCCACCGAGCUUCUUAAAUAUGCCCGAAAUGUCAACUCCCACUUUGCCAGUAAGAAAUGCCAGGAGGUAAUUGUUACUGCUAGGAACCUGAUGACCUCAGAGAUACAUAACACUGUGAAGAUCACACCAGACUCUAAAGUGACGGUGCCAAAACUCCAGAGCCCUGGGGGAGAGAAGGUAAAACAGACAAAGAGUCCAUCACAUGAAGCCCCAGCUUUGGAGAAUGAAGCCAAGUUGAGCCAGCACACGUUCUCUCUGCCCACCUGCCGGAUCAGCGAGUCUGUGGAGAAGCUGAUGGAACUUGCCUACCAGACUCUCUCAGAAGCUACAACGAGUAAUAAGCCCUGUGCCAUCCAGCUCUUCUACACUGUCAGAAACAUUUUUCAUCUGUUCUAUGAUGUUGUCCCAACGUAUCACAAAGAGAACCUACAGAAACUUCCACAGCUCUCGGCCAUCCACCAUAACAACUGCAUGUACAUCGCGCACCACCUGCUAACUCUCGGACACCAGUUUCGGUAUCACCUUCCUGUUCCACUCAGUGACGGAGCUGCCACAUUUGUGGACAUGGUACCUGGAUUUAGACGUUUAGGCACAGAGACUUUUCUGGCACAAAUGCGGCUGCAGAAAGGAGAGCUUCUUGACAGGUUAUCAAAUGCGCGCUCCUUCAUUAACAUGGAGGAUGAAGACAACUACACAGCUGCGCACAAAGCGAUACGGCAGGUUAUUCACCAACUAAGCCGCUUGGGUAAAGUGUGGCAGGACGUGCUUCCCGUAGAAAUUUACUGCAAAGCCGUGGGGACGUUACUGAACACCGCCAUUACGGAAAUGGUUAAUAAAAUCGCUGCGCUGGAGGACAUUUCCACCGAAGAUGGAGAACGACUGUAUACACUGUGCAGGACAAUGAUAGAAGAAGGACCCCUGGUCUUCACUCCUCUUCCUGAAGAAGGCAAAAACAAGAGGUUUCAGGAGGAGGUGCCCAUCUAUGUGCAGAAGUGGAUGAAAUUCAAAGAGCUCAUGAUCAUUCUGCAAGCAAACCUACAGGAGAUAGUAGACCGGUGGGCAGAUGGUAAAGGACCCCUGGCUACAGAGUUCUCCACCAACGAAGUGAAGAGUUUGAUCCGAGCUUUGUUUCAGAACACGGAGAGGAGGGCAGCGGCUUUGGCCAAGAUUAAAUAACCCUCUGAUCUUUGUCUGUAAUGUUCUGUACAUACUUCUCUUUGACAACCAGUAAACUCCUGAAGAUCUUUUAA